AUAGAGUUCAAAAUGUGGACUGAAAAGUGUGCAUUUAUUUUACUCGCUAUAUCUCUAACAGGAAGCUACAGUGAGAACCAAAGACUUGAAUCACGGUUUUUGGGAACGCUCAACAGAUAUUACGUAUCCUCGUGGGGGCUCCUUGCUAAUGGCACUGAAUACAUUAAUUUAGUAAACACAGCAUCAGCCAUUGAUGAUCUGGAUCUUCUCGACGGGUCACAGAACGUCGCUAUAGUAAUUCAUGGACGAGGCAGUUCGGCCUUCAGCGAGUUUGGACAGUCGCUACGAUCAUCAUUUAUGACAAGCGACCCUGGCCUGUAGUUAUUUUAGUAGACUGGGCUGUAGUUGCUUCUAUGGAUUAUGCAACAGCAUUCAACUCCGUACCAUUCGUCGCCGACGAUAUCAUCGCUUUAAUAGUCCAACUGGGCGCUGCGAACAAGAUUGAUCGCAGCCUAGUUCAUAUUGUGGGGUUUGACAUUGGAGCGCACAUUGCUGGUCUUGUUAGCAGGGACUCGCGGGCUCGAGUACAGAGAAUAACUGGGUUAUCUCCCGCCGGCCAAAAUUGGGAUUCAUUCUCCCGUCGUCUACGAGCCACCGACGCUAAUUACGUCGAAGUCGUCCACACGGAUUAUUCUGGCACAAGGGCUUUUGGCAUCAGGGAGACGAUUGGCACAGUGGACAUAUUCGCGAACACUGGCACGAGCCAACCGGGCUGUGCCAAUAACCAGUGUAACCACGACCGAGCCUGGCAGUUGUUCGGGGCGACACUGGAUAUGGGUGGCCAUCUGAUGGGACUUAGAUGUGAAACUCUUGCGGAAAUGACGAGGAACCGAUGUGUUGGUGCACCCGCUGUGUCUUUGGGUACCAAUGAUUUAUUUAAAGUUGGAACUGGAAUUUACCGGGUCAAUACGGGCAGAGCGUAUCCGUACAACUCCUGAGGCGUUUCGAGAUUUAUUAACGUUACAAAUUGUGAUAAUAAAUGUUAAGUGCUCCA